CGCCUGGCUGGAAGACUGUGUCUCUGUCACACACACACACACACAAAAGAACCAUUUCACAUCACUGGCGACGUGACGUUUGGGGAUUUAGUGUCUGUGUGUGUGUGUGUGCAGAUUGUCACAAACCCAGCAGUUUUGAGAGGAGGCACCGGGUGUAUUUCCGGUGGCCUGAAAGGCGAUCAGGGAAAGGGGUGUGUGUGUGUGCAUGACCUGAAAAACAUCCAGAUACCAGCCCAGCAGCAGCAGCAGCAUCAGCAGCAGCAGCCGCCGCUAUCCCUGCAGCCGCCGCCCGCCCGCCCGCACAGACCAGGAUGGCAAGCUUGUGAACUGUCAGCAUCCGAGGCAAUGGCUGUGGACGCGGCUUCCCAUUUCAGCUUUUGCCGAAAUGCCCUGGGUCAAAACGUGCCAACCGAUGAUUUAAACUGCGGCUUGCAAGACGAUUCCGAUAACUCCGCCUGGAAUGGCGGAGGUGGUCAACGGUCAUUGGGAACUAGGAACAUAAAACUCCUACAACAGCCAGGAACAGAACAUUUCCAGAUCGGAUCGAGUGAUGGAUAUUAUAGUUUUCACACAAGUCCAAACUUCACAAGACACACCAAGCCUGUAGUACUGUGGACACAGCAGGAUGUCUGUAAAUGGCUGAAGAAACACUGUCCGCACAAUUACCUGACCUACGUGGAGGCAUUCUCUCACCAUGCAAUAACAGGUCGGGCCCUCCUUCGGCUCAAUGGUGAGAAGCUGGAACGGAUGGGAAUAAUGCAAGACGGGCAACGGCAAGAGGUACUUCAACAGGUUCUUCAGCUGCAGGUACGAGAGGAAGUGAGGAACCUACAACUACUUAGACAAGCCUCAUUUGACAGUGGCUCCUAGCCGACACCUCCCUGCUAUGACCAUCAACGCCAUGGGAUCAUCUGUGCGGGAGGAGAUUUGAAACUGUGAAGUCUCUUGCAGUGAAUUCAUGUCAUCAUUCUGCAACGCAGCAACUCUUGGGCUCAGCUGAUUCUCGAAACUUCGUCACAAUUUUCUUUCCCAGCUUCAAGGCAAACAAAACAAAAAAAAAACACUGACAUUUUUCUUUUAUAGGUUUGUAAAUUGAAUACAAAAAAAUCCAGUCAGCUGAUGGUGAGGAUGGAGAGGUUCCACAAUUCACUAAAUUUGCUCCGUUAAACACUUGACCCUCCAUCCCCCUGCUCACAGUUUGCUGUAAGACCAGGCAGGGAGCUAAUCAAUCUGUUGCAACACAAUAAAAUGAAAGUGCUCCUGAAA